GAGCCUGCCCCCCCACCCCCCUCGCAGGCCGCCCGUGGCGGGACAUGGCGGCCCACAAGCCGGUGGAGUGGGUGCAGGCCGUGGUCAACCGCUUCGACGAGCAGCUUCCAAUAAAAGCUGGCCAACAGAAUACCCACACCAGAGUCAGCACAGAGCAUAACAAGGAAUGCCUCAUAAACAUUUCCAAGUACAAGUUUUCCCUGGUCAUAAGUGGUCUCACUAAUAUCUUAAAAAAUGUUAAUAAUAUGAGGAUAUUUGGAGAAGCUGCUGAAAAGAAUUUGUAUCUCUCUCAGCUGAUUAUAUUGGAUACACUGGAAAAAUGUCUUGCAGGGCAACCAAAGGACACCAUGCGGCUAGAUGAGACGAUGCUGGUCAAACAGUUGCUGCCAGAAAUAUGCCACUUUAUCCACACCUUCCGUGAAGGAAACCAACACGCAGCCGAGCUUCGCAAUUCUGCCUCUGGGGUUCUUUUCUCUCUCAGCUGCAAUAACUUUAAUGCCGUCUUUAGCCGCAUUUCCACCAGAUUACAGGAGAUGACUGUGUGCUCGGAAGAUAAUGCUGAUGUUCACGAUAUUGAACUCUUACAGUACAUCAGUGUGGACUGUGCAAAACUAAAACGACUAUUGCAAGAGACAGUGUUUAAGUUUAAAGCCCUAAAGAAAGUAGCUCAACUGGCUGUUAUUAACAGUCUUGAAAAGGCAUUUUGGAAUUGGGUGGAGAACUAUCCUGAUGAAUUCACUAAACUGUACCAGACACCACAGACUGAUAUGGCUGACUGUGCAGAGAAGUUGUUUGACUUGGUGGAUGGCUUUGCCGAAAGCACAAAGCGGAAAGCAGCAGUUUGGCCACUGCAAAUCAUUCUUCUCGUCCUGUGUCCAGAGAUCAUCCAAGAUAUAGCUAAGGAUGUGGUGGAAGAAACCAAAAUAAACAAGAAACUGUUUCUGGACAACCUCAGGAAAGCGCUGGCAGGCCAUGGUGGGAGCAGACAAUUGACUGAAAGUGCUGCUAUUGCUUGUGUUAAACUGUGCAAAGCGUCUACAUACAUCAACUGGGAGGAUAACUCUGUCAUUUUCCUUCUGGUGCAGUCCAUGGUGGUAGAUCUCAAGAACUUGCUGUUUAAUCCGAGUAAGCCAUUCUCAAGAGGUAAUCAGAAUGCAGAUGUGGAUCUUAUGAUUGACUGCUUAGUUUCCUGCUUCCGCAUAAACCCCCACAACAACCAGCAUUUUAAGAUCUGCUUGGCGCAGAAUUCCCCAUCACCAUUUCAUUAUGUCUUGGUAAAUUCACUUCACCGAAUAAUCACAAAUUCUGCACUGGACUGGUGGCCCAAGAUUGAUGCUGUUUACUGUCACUCUGUGGAACUCCGCAGCAUGUUCAGUGAAACGCUUCAUAAAGCUAUACAGGGUUGUGGGACUCACGCGACAAUUCGGAUGACCCCGAGUCUUACAUUAAGAGAGAAAAUGACAAGCCUUAAAUUUAAAGAAAAACCCACAGACUUGGAAACCAGAAGUUAUAAGUUUUUGCUAUUAGCCUUGGUAAAACUGAUCCAUGCUGAUCCAAAGCUCUUGCUAUGUAAUCCAAGGAAGCAGGGGCCGGAGACCCAGGGUAGCACUGCUGAAUUAAUUACAGGACUUGUGCAACUUGUUCCACAGUCCAACAUGCCAGAAAUAGCACAAGAAGCCAUGGAGGCCUUGCUAGUUCUUCAUCAGUUAGACAGCAUUGACUUAUGGAAUCCAGAUGCGCCAAUAGAAACGUUUUGGGAGAUUAGUUCACAAAUGCUGUUUUAUAUCUGCAAGAAGCUAACUAAUCAUCAGAUACUCAGCAAUACAGAAAUCCUCAAGUGGUUGCGAGAGAUUCUGAUCUGUAGGAAUAAGUUUCUUCUAAAAAAUAAACAAUCAGAUAGGAGUUCCUGUCAUUUUCUCUUCCUUUAUGGGGUAGGAUGCGAUGUCUCUGGGGGUGGAGCUAGUCAAAUUUCUCUUGACCACGAAGAGAUGGUACGCUGUGCUCCAGGAGCUACAUUCAGGAAAGGGAAAGGGAACUCUUCUAUGGAAAGUACAGCAGGAUGCAGCGGAACAUCAAUCUGUCGUCAAGCCCAGACAAAAUUGGAGGUUGCUUUGUACAUGUUUCUGUGGAGCCCUGACAUAGAGGCAGUCCUAGUUGCAAUGUCCUGUUUCCGUCACCUUUGUGAGGAAGCGGACAUCAGGUGUGCAGUAGAUGAAGUCUCGGUCCAUAAUUUUUUGCCAAACUACAACACUUUCAUGGAAUUUGCAUCUGUUAGCAAUAUGAUGUCAACAGGGAGAGCAGCUCUUCAGAAAAGAGUGAUGGCAUUAUUAAGACGCAUUGAACAUCCAACUGCAGGCAAUACUGAAGCUUGGGAAGAUACACAUACAAAAUGGGAACAAGCUACAAAACUAAUACUCAAUUUUCCAAAGACCAAAAUGGAAGAUGGCCAGGUUACCGAAAGUCUUCACAAGACAAUUGUGAAGAGACGAAUGUCUCAUGUGAGUGGUGGAGGGUCCAUUGACCUCUCUGACACAGAUUCUCUUCAGGAAUGGAUCAACAUGACGGGGUUUUUAUGUGCUCUUGGGGGAGUUUGCCUACAGCAUCGUAGCAAUGCAGGAUUAGCAACCUAUAGUCCACCGAUGGGCCCAGUCAAUGAGCGCAAAGGCUCCAUGAUAUCUAUGGUGUCCACUGAUGGAAAUACAGAGACUCCUGUUAGCAAAUUCUUAGAUCGAUUAUUGUCCUUAAUGGUCUGUAACCAUGAGAAAGUGGGACUUCAGAUACGGACUAAUAUUAAAGAUCUAGUGGGUUUGGAAUUGAGUCCAGCACUUUAUCCAAUGCUGUUUAACAAACUGAAGAAUACCAUUAGCAAAUUUUUUGACUCUCAAGGCCAGGUUUUGUUAACUGAGACCAAUACACAAUUUGUCGAGCAGACCAUCGCUAUAAUGAAGAACCUACUUGAUAAUCAUACUGAAGGGAGCUCAGAACAUCUGGGACAAGCUAGUAUAGAGACAAUGAUGCUAAAUCUAGUCAGAUACGUGCGUGUCCUUGGCAACUUGGUACAUGCGAUUCAAAUAAAAACUAAACUCUGUCAAUUAGUGGAGGUAAUGAUGGAAAGGAGAGAUGAUCUUUCAUUUUGCCAGGAGAUGAAGUUCAGGAAUAAAAUGGUGGAGUAUCUAACAGACUGGGUUAUGGGCACGUCCAAUCAGGCAACAGAUGAAGAUGUAAAAUGUCUGACGAGAGAUUUGGACCAGGCCAGCAUGGAAGCAGUGGUUUCUCUUCUUGCUGGGCUUCCACUACAGCCCGAAGAAGGAGAUGGUGUCGAGUUAAUGGAAGCAAAAUCCCAGUUGUUUCUUAAAUAUUUCACUCUCUUUAUGAACCUUCUAAAUGAUUGUAGUGAAGUUGAAGAUGAAAGUGCGCAAACAGGUGGCAGGAAACGUGGCAUGUCUCGAAGACUGGCUUCACUGCGGCACUGUACCGUUCUUGCAAUGUCAAAUUUACUCAAUGCUAAUGUGGACAGUGGCCUUAUGCACUCAAUAGGCUUAGGUUAUCACAAAGAUCUCCAAACAAGAGCUACGUUCAUGGAAGUCCUCACCAAAAUCCUACAACAGGGUACAGAAUUUGAUACACUCGCAGAAACGGUACUAGCAGAUCGAUUUGAGAGAUUGGUGGAAUUGGUUACAAUGAUGGGUGACCAAGGAGAACUACCUAUUGCCAUGGCUUUGGCCAAUGUGGUGCCUUGUUCACAGUGGGAUGAACUAGCUCGUGUUCUGGUCACUCUUUUUGACUCCCGGCACUUGCUGUACCAGCUGCUCUGGAACAUGUUUUCUAAGGAAGUUGAACUGGCAGAUUCCAUGCAGACUCUCUUCAGAGGAAAUAGCUUGGCCAGUAAAAUAAUGACUUUCUGUUUUAAGGUUUAUGGUGCAACGUAUCUGCAGAAGCUGCUGGAACCUUUAUUAAGAACUGUGAUCAUGUCCCCUGAAUGGCAGCAUGUCAGCUUUGAGGUGGAUCCUACAAGGUUGGAGCCAACGGAAAGCCUUGAUGACAACCAGCGGAGUCUGCUGCAAAUGACUGACAAAUUCUUUCAUGCAAUCAUUAAUUCCUCCUCAGAGUUUCCACCACAGCUUCGCAGUGUGUGCCACUGUUUGUACCAGGCAACUUGCCACUCCCUACUGAAUAAAGCUACCGUAAAAGAAAAAAAGGAAAACAAAAAAUCAGUUGUAAGCCAGCGAUUUCCUCAGAACAGUAUUGGAGCGGUCGGAAGUGCCAUGUUCCUACGGUUUAUCAAUCCUGCGAUUGUUUCUCCUUAUGAGGCAGGGAUUUUAGAUAAAAAACCUCCACCAAGAAUUGAAAGAGGAUUGAAGCUAAUGUCAAAGAUACUUCAAAGUAUUGCCAACCAUGUCUUGUUUACAAAAGAAGAACACAUGCGGCCUUUUAAUGAUUUUGUAAAAAGCAACUUUGAUGCAGCACGGCGGUUUUUCCUUGAUAUUGCAUCUGAUUGUCCUGCUAGUGACACUGUCAAUCACAGCCUCUCUUUUAUCAGUGAUGGCAAUGUACUUGCUUUGCAUCGUUUGCUCUGGAACAAUCAAGAGAAAAUUGGCCAGUAUCUUUCCAGCAACAGGGACCACAAAGCUGUUGGAAGACGACCAUUUGACAAAAUGGCUACUCUCCUUGCCUACUUGGGCCCACCUGAGCAUAAGCCUGUGGCAGACACGCACUGGUCCAGUCUAAAUCUCACCAGUUCCAAAUUUGAAGAAUUUAUGACCAGGCACCAAGUGCAUGAAAAAGAAGAGUUCAAGGCCCUGAAAACAUUAAAUAUCUUCUACCAAGCUGGGACAUCAAAAGCUGGCAAUCCUGUUUUCUACUAUAUUGCUCGGCGGUUCAAGACGGGUCAAAUCAAUGGCGACCUACUGAUAUACCACGUCCUGCUAACUUUGAAGCCAUACUAUGCUAAGCCAUAUGAGAUUGUAGUGGACCUCACUCACGCGGGCCCCAGCAAUCGGUUUAAAACAGACUUCCUUUCCAAGUGGUUUGUAGUUUUUCCAGGCUUUGCUUAUGAAAAUGUCUCAGCAGUUUUUAUUUACAACUGUAACUCCUGGGUCAGAGAAUACACAAAAUACCAUGAAAGGCUUCUGACAGGCCUGAAGGGCAGCAAAAGGCUUAUUUUCAUAGACUCACCUGGGAAAUUGGCAGAGCACAUUGAACAUGACCAGCAGAAGCUUCCAGCAGCUACCUUGGCUUUGGAAGAGGACCUGAAGGUUUUCCAUAAUGCACUCAAAUUGGCCCACAAGGACACCAAAGUUUCUAUUAAAGUUGGGUCUACUGCUGUGCAGGUAACAUCAGCAGAGCGAACAAGAGUCCUUGGCCAAACAGUGUUUCUGAAUGACAUUUACUAUGCCUCUGAGAUUGAGGAAAUAUGCCUGGUUGAUGAGAACCAGUUCACCUUAACAAUUGCCAACCAAGGCACACCACUUACCUUCAUGCAUCAGGAGUGCGAAGCCAUCGUUCAGUCCAUCAUCCACAUAAGGACUCGAUGGGAGCUGUCGCAACCAGAUUCCAUUCCGCAGCAUACGAAAAUCCGUCCUAAGGAUGUUCCUGGAACGCUUCUGAAUAUAGCACUGCUUAAUCUGGGAAGCUCAGACCCAAGUUUGCGGUCCGCUGCCUAUAAUCUUCUGUGUGCCUUAACCUGUACCUUUAAUUUAAAGAUUGAGGGUCAGUUACUGGAAACUUCAGGUCUCUGUAUCCCUGCCAACAACACCCUUUUUAUUGUGUCUAUUAGUAAAACCCUGGCAGCUAAUGAGCCACACCUUACCUUAGAAUUUUUGGAAGAGUGCAUCUCUGGAUUUAGCAAAUCUAGUAUUGAACUGAAGCACCUUUGCCUGGAGUACAUGACACCCUGGUUAUCAAAUCUAGUCCGGUUCUGUAAACACAAUGAUGAUGCCAAACGUCAACGAGUCACUGCGAUUCUGGAUAAGCUUAUAACAAUGACAAUAAAUGAAAAACAGAUGUAUCCUUCCAUUCAAGCGAAGAUAUGGGGAAGCCUUGGACAGAUAACUGAUCUACUUGAUGUAGUGCUAGACAGUUUCAUCAAAACCAGUGCAACAGGGGGCUUAGGAUCCAUAAAAGCUGAAGUUAUGGCAGAUACAGCUGUAGCUCUGGCUUCUGGAAAUGUGAAGCUGGUUUCAAGCAAAGUAAUUGGAAGGAUGUGCAAAAUAAUCGACAAGACCUGUCUAUCUCCAACUCCUACAUUAGAACAACACCUGAUGUGGGAUGAUAUUGCCAUUCUAGCACGUUACAUGCUGAUGCUCUCCUUUAACAACUCUCUUGAUGUGGCAGCACAUCUCCCCUACCUCUUCCAUGUAGUUACUUUGUUGGUGGCCACUGGUCCUCUUUCCCUUAGAGCUUCCACCCAUGGCCUGGUCAUCAACAUCAUUCAUUCUCUGUGCACUUGUUCACAACUUCACUUUAGUGAGGAGACCAAGCAAGUUUUGAGAUUGAGCCUGACCGAGUUCUCGCUGCCCAAAUUUUAUUUGCUGUUUGGAAUCAGCAAAGUGAAAUCAGCAGCUGUCAUAGCAUUCCGAUCCAGUUAUCGAGAUAGGUCGUUCUCUCCUGGUUCCUAUGAGAGGGAGACAUUUGCACUGACUUCCCUGGAAACAGUUACUGAAGCUUUGCUGGAGAUCAUGGAGGCUUGCAUGAGAGAUAUUCCAACGUGCAAGUGGCUGGACCAGUGGACGGAGCUAGCACAGAAGUUUGCAUUCCAAUAUAAUCCAUCCCUCCAGCCAAGAGCGCUGGUUGUCUUUGGCUGUAUCAGUAAACGAGUGUCCCAUGGGCAGAUAAAACAAAUAAUCCGAAUUCUCAGCAAGGGACUUGAGAGCUGUUUAAAAGGCCCUGAUAAUUAUAACAGCCAAGUUCUAAUUGAAGCCACAGUUAUAGCACUCACCAAGCUGCAGCCACUUCUUAAUAAGGACUCUCCUAUGCACAAGGCUCUCUUCUGGGUGGCAAUGGCAGUGCUGCAGCUAGAUGAAGUUAACCUGUAUUCUGCAGGUACAGCACUACUUGAACAGAAUCUCCAUACCUUAGAUAGUCUUCGGGUAUUCAAUGACAAAAGUCCGGAAGAAGUGUUCAUGGAAAUCAGGAGACCGUUGGAAUGGCACUGCAAACAGAUGGAUCAUUUUGUAGGACUCAAUUUCAACUCUAACUUUAACUUUGCACUAGUGGGGCACCUUCUAAAAGGAUACAGACAUCCUUCUCCUAUGAUUGUAGCAAGGACAGUAAGGAUUUUACACACACUACUCUCUCUGGUUAACAAACACAGGAACUGUGACAAGUUCGAAGUGAAUACCCAGAGCGUGGCUUAUCUAGCAGCUCUGCUGACAGUAUCUGAGGAAGUUCGCAGUCGCUGCAGUUUAAAACACAGGAAAUCUCUCUUGCUGACAGAUGUUUCAAUGGAAAAUGUUCCUAUGGAUACAUAUCCCAUACAUCACAGUGACACCAGCUGUAGGACACUAAAAGAAAAUCAACCGUGGUCUUCUCCAAAGGGAUCAGACAGACAUCUUGCUGCCAGUUACCCCACAGCAGGACAGAUUAGCCCUCGAACACGAAAAUCCAUGAGCUUGGAUAUGGGGCAGCCUUCACAAGCUAACACUAAAAAAUUGCUGGGUACAAGGAAAAGUUUUGACCACUUGAUAUCAGACACGAAGGCUCCUAAAAGGCAAGAAAUGGAAUCUGGAACCACUACACCCCCCAAGAUGAGGAGAGUAGCUGAAAAUGACUAUGAAAUUGAAACCCAGAGAAUAUCACCACAACAGCACCCACAUCUUCGGAAAGUUUCUGUGUCUGAGUCAAAUGUCCUCCUAGAUGAAGAGGUUCUUACUGAUCCAAAAAUUCAAGCCUUGCUACUUACAGUCCUUGCAACCUUAGUAAAGUACACUACAGAUGAAUUUGACCAGCGAAUUCUUUAUGAGUAUUUAGCGGAAGCCAGUGUUGUCUUCCCAAAGGUCUUUCCAGUUGUGCACAAUUUAUUGGACUCCAAGAUCAAUACUCUUUUGUCGCUGUGCCAAGAUCCAAAUUUGUUGAAUCCAAUUCAUGGGAUAGUUCAGAGUGUUGUCUACCAUGAAGAGUCUCCACCUCAAUACCAAACUUCUUACCUACAAAGUUUUGGAUUUAACGGGUUGUGGAGGUUUGCUGGACCGUUUUCUAAGCAAACACAAAUCCCAGACUAUGCUGAGCUUAUAGUGAAGUUUCUUGAUGCCUUGAUUGACACCUAUUUGCCUGGAAUUGAUGAGGAAGUCAGCGAGGAAUCCCUGUUGACCCCUACAUCUCCAUAUCCUCCUGCAGUGCAGAGCCAGCUUAGUAUUACUGCUAACCUUAACCUCUCUAAUUCCAUGACCUCACUUGCAACUUCCCAGCAUUCCCCAGGAAUUGACAAGGAGAACGUGGAACUCUCGCCUACCACGGGACACUCCAACAGCGGAAGGACACGCCACGGGUCUGCGAGUCAAGUGCAAAAGCAGCGAAGUGCCGGCAGUUUCAAACGUCACAGCAUUAAAAAGAUUGUGUGAAGCUUUCUUUGGAAACUAACUGACAUACUCGGGCUCCUCACUAGUGGCCCUCCACCAGUUGCGAUGCUGCACUUAAUUUUUAACGUUCCCAUCCUGUCAGCCGCGUUGCCAGAUGAUCAACUCUUGAAACAUUGCCUGAGUUUUAAUGCCUUCUUUACCCUUCUCCUGUUUUUUGAUUUAAGCCAGUGUUCCAGAGCCAUUCUGCAAAACGGUUUGUAGAUCCUGAAGAACUUUGUAGGUGAAGAAAGUCUGGAAUUCGUUAACACUGCAGUACAGUAACUGUUCAGAGAUGAAAGCCAUUUCUCAUAGACAGUUCUACCUUGCUUUUGUUAUUAUGCCUUGUUUGUUUCUUCUUUAAAGGAAAGUGUUAAUGCUUAAUAGUGUUUGCACACUUCUCAAGUUAGUGUCUUUAUGAGCCAGGGCUAGUAACUGUAAUCCUGGUCUUAAUUCAGAUCCAUCAGAUUUUUAGCUGUGGACUUUUUUUUACCAUACUUAAAAGAGUCCUACGAUAUUAGCCACAGUGCGGUAAGCCUAACCAGGGGUUGAUAAAUUUUUAGC